UGUUAGUCCAUCUUCCCGCCGAUGUAUGACUGAAUUCGUAAUGUUAAACUCUGGUCGCCUAAAUUCAGUUGGACUACAACUAGCCCUGAUCCGGACACGCCCAUCCAUGUUAAUGAGGUCGUAAUGUUACAAUCUCGCCGGAACUGAGCAUUUGUUCAUUCUGUUCUGCAAUCUGAAGAGGAUGUAAUUGGAUCGGACUAUGGAAUGCACAUUGGAGAUUUGUACUGGAGCAGUCAAUUAGGCCACACAAUCUCCAGGUCCUGAAACAAACAUGAUUAUGCAAGAGCUGCCGAGUGAGAAGAGUAGCAGUAGCAGCCAUCGGACAUCGGAGGAGCCGAGCGACGUCCACCGGCUGGCGGGCGCCACCCCAUCCACCAUCCGUUGGGAGUUCGGGACGCCACGCCACGCCGCGUUCCAAACCCGAGGAGUUCGCGUGUGGCCACGGCGCUGCCGCAGCCAGUCGUCGCCCAUCCCAUCCCAUGCCAUGCCGCUCUCCGCCUCGACGCCGCGGGCGGCGACGCACACGGCCGUGUACGUGGCGGCGGUGCCUCUGCGGGCGCCCAGAGGCCCCGCGCAGCUGCUGAUGUCGGCGGGCUACUCGCUGGGCAUGUGGGACCUGCAGCACUUCAUGGUGCUCCUCCGCCCCGACCCGGCGCUGCCCCAGGCGCUGGUGUUCGACUUCCAGCCGCGGGACCCGGAGGACGCCCUCGCCGCGCUCGCGGUGCUGUCGCGGAGAGAGAUCCCUGGCGUGGUUCGUCGAAGAACGCUACGGCGGGUCCCGGACCGGCGGUGCUGGCUCGUCGGGCACUGCUGCUGCGACGGGGACGGGGACGGGGACGACGAUGCCGUUGCCGCCGCCGGCAGGUUCAGCGAGCGGUGGCCGACCGGCCUGGUGGUCGGGGAGCACGACUGCCGGGACUACACUAACGGGCUGGUCGAGGUGCUGACAGGUGAAAAACGUGUCCUGGAGUCGCUCCGAUUGCGCGGCGACGGCAGCUAGCACCACCAGCGGGGCGGCGCCGCCGCGAUGGAUGAUCUAAAUACCCACCGUCAGUAUAAUAAGCUACCCCAGACAAGGCAAUGGUGUAACAAAGAAAUGAGGCUUCACUUUGCUGAAGAUCAAGGCAAAUCUGAAGUAACAUUGAUCUGUAACAUAAUCAGGUGAAAUCCUUUGGACUAGAAGAAUCUGUUGGCUCAAUCUAUUGUUAGCAUCUUUUGCCAUCUGAAUACUUUCCUCAAGUAGUCGAAGUCCUACCUUGAACUGAACAGUAGGUCACCCUGCCAACUCCUUCAGAAGAAAACAGAGUCCGAUUUUUUCCUCAA